AUGUCCACAGCUCUGUUAGGACUGGGUGACCAGUCCCUCGUGCCUGCCCCCCGCACCUAUGGUGGCUUUGGCCCACUCCUUACACGCACAAUGCUUCUGUUCUUCAGACUGGCAUGGAGACUCUACAACAACUUUCCCUCUCUGUACGUCAUGGCUUCAGUGAUGCUCAACAUGCGCAUGCAGGUUCAUAUCGAACUGCUCUGA